UUCUCGUGUGAUUCGCCGGUUCGCGAACUGAGUUUUUCGCGUUCGGAUUUUGGACUUCCAGUCCUAUUGCUUCGUCGUUCCGUGAUGUUGCUUCGCUCGUGACGCUUCUGAUUCAGUUUUCGGAGCUGUACAGUCGGUCGAGCGAUCCUUUGCGGUGUUGGUCUUUGUGUUUGUUUUUUCUCAGGGUCCGUCUCCGCUAGUCCACCGUGCCGUGUGUACGGCGGCAUCUGAUUUUUUGUGCUACUGUUUGUUCUUGGUUGAAUCUUUUUAGUGUUUGAGCUCUCGUUUGAUCUCUUUUUAGGAGGACGGCAGGUCCUGCUCCGUUUGAUGUGUUAGAGCUUUGAUGAUCUCUGGCGAUUUAUGGUGAAUCCGGGAGGUCGUUCACGUUGUGUACCGAUUGUUCGGUCAAUAAGUAAUUGGAUUUGCCUCCUGUCAGAUGUUUUGCUGUGGAGUUUGACUUUCUUCUUCUUUUCCACUAUCUUUAUGGAGUAAAUUGUCCAGGGCUUUGAACUCCGUGUCAUCAAUUAUUGGCAGAAACAUGAGCUGGAAAAUUAGGCACUCCGUUGCGUGCAUAGAUAGACUUUUUGGUGUGUGUGAGGUUCUCUUGUAGCAUUUUUUUUUUUACGACGUAGUUGUGCGAACUAUGCUUUCCUUUCCAGCUCUGUCUCCCUGUUUGUGUUAGCUCUCGAAGAUCGAGAUCUCUUCAUAUCGUUUAAGAAAAACAUUAUCUACUCUAAAUCGACACUAGUAGGCCCUUCUCGUACUUUGACUAGGAAUUGAUAAAAAAACAUACUAGGAUGUAGGAUCUUAAACUAUUAAGUGAUGAUUAGCAGUUAAAACUAAUUUGUUUGAAGGUCGAUUUUCUAGGUUUAUUGCCCACCAUACUUGAGUUCAUUAUGUUCUCUUACUGAAAGACCAUCAGCGUCUGUCAUGUUCCAGGUUGUUGAUGUUAAAAAGUGAAGCUGGAUGCUUGGUCAUGCUGUUCAUCACUCCCAUGUACUUUAGUACUAGGUGUUACGAACCUGGUUGCUUAGGAAGGGAACUUUCAUUUCAUUCUUGUCAUUCAAUGACAUUUCUUUGUCAGAAUGUCGGUAGUCUGGAAUGUCCAGAGCUGGAAGUUGCAUAACCACCAAGGAGCUUGGGACUGUAAUGAGGUCACUUGGACAGAACCCAACCGAGGCCGAGCUCCAGGACAUGAUUAAUGAGGUUGAUGCUGAUGGCAAUGGUACAAUUGAUUUUCCAGAGUUCCUCAACUUGAUGGCUCGGAAGAUGAAGGAUACUGACUCCGAAGAGGAACUUAAGGAAGCCUUCCGAGUUUUUGAUAAGGACCAGAAUGGCUUCAUCUCGGCAGCUGAGCUCCGCCAUGUCAUGACAAAUCUCGGUGAGAAGCUGACUGAUGAGGAAGUUGAUGAAAUGAUCCGUGAGGCUGAUGUGGAUGGUGAUGGCCAAAUCAAUUAUGAGGAGUUUGUCAGAGUCAUGAUGGCCAAGAGAAGGGAAAAGAGGGUAGAGAGGAAAUUGACCAGCACAAGCAGUGGCAAGCCCUCGAAGGGAGGUAAGCCCAACGGAGCCAAGCAAAGCCUCCUCAAGUGUUUCUUCCUCUAAAAGCCGAAACGUCUACAGCCUUAUUCACGCCGUUUUGAUGGCGGCUUCCUAUCUCCAACACUACAAAUGUGAGGCAGUUUUAACAAACGCGCCAAGUCAAGCUUCUUCGAUAAGCAUAAUGAUGUGCACCAAAUGGACAAGCGGACAUGUCCAGUAUGAAUACAUUUGUGUAAGCGUAAAUCUUAUUUAUCCAGAUAUUUUCCAGCGCAUGACA